AUGUUGUCAGACGACGUCGAGGGCGAUUUAGAGCCCCCGAACGAGGCUAUGAUGGACCUUCGUGGCAAACUCGACAACCUGCGGGAGGCUAACCGUGACCUGAAUGCUAACCUGGAAAGACGUCAUAGUGGGUUGAGGGAAGCCGGGGACAAGAUACAACAGAUGUCUAGCAAUAUGCACCAGUUCCAGGUGACCUUGGCGGCUAUAGACAAACACAUGCAAGACAACAGAAAUCGUAUGGUCGACCUUGACCGCAUGUGCGAGGAGCUGCAGCGAGAAAAGGAUGAUAUCAACACAGAAUUGCGCUUCCUGUCAUCUGAAGACGCAUGGGCAGAACUGAACUCGAGUCAGCAGCAGGCAGAUGAGGAGGAUGUGACAACAGAGAAACGUCUCACAGAUUGGGCACGAGAAGACCUCUUCGCCAAGCUGGAUGACCUUGACGCUAUGAACAAGCGGUAUGCGGACAAAAUAGCGGACACUGAGGACCAGUGGGAGAUGUACAAAGAUGAAGUUCGGAAAAGUCGAAUGGAGACCAAGUCCUACCUAAACGACAUCAAUGAAGUUAACGCCCGAAUAGUGUCGCGGUUUAACAGCCUCCUGAAAUAUGGUCGGCAAGGUUUAGGAGAUACGGAAAAGGAGUGUCUCCGAGACACCAUCAAAUGCAUAGAAAUAGACGCUGAACUCCGCAAGGAGACUGAACAGUGUUUAGAUACAAAGCUGUUUAGUUCGGACAUUGAAGAGGAAAUCGACCACCUGUUAAGACAAAGGGAACAAAUGUGGGAACAGAACUCUGCUCUGAUGGAGGAAAUAUGUGCCCUUCAGUCUCAGGACCAGGGGGAGACAAUCAUACCCUUAAAAUCUUCGGGAAAGCACAUCGAUUUACCUACCAGAGACUUGACCUACCAGAGUCUUUCAGGCGACGCACAAGAUACCGAAGACCAGGUUGAGGAAGCGGAACACAUCGGAGGAGGAAUUUCACUUCAUAAGUGUGUCAAGUUAACCGAUCUAUCUCGCCUGUUCCACGGGCCAGAGAAAGUGCAGGCGGCCAUGGAAAAGGUCUUUACAGCCCAGGACGCUCAGCUGGACGCCGGGAAUGACCAGCUAGAUAUGGAUUCGGCAGCCGGGGGACAUGACAAACCCCCUCCGCCUCCUGAGGAAGAUUCUGAGGAUGAAGAUGAACCGGAACCGGAACCAGACGAAGGACCCGAACCGUCGCAACAGACACACGUCGCUCGCCGACAUCACCACCACAUGGAAAAUACACGAAUGUCCGACCUCAUGGUGUCAAAGAUCCGAAGGAGAAUGCCAGGACCAAAUGUCCAGGCAACCCACAAAGACGCCGAGACGGUGAGUGGACAGCCCAACCUGUCCACUACUCGCAGACCUUCUGCGUUUUCCUUCACGCCAUUGCAAUCACGGGGCGGUCGCCCUAAACGUUAG